GUUUUUCCUUUUGGUGUUGUACUCUCUGUUAAACUCUAUGGUUCUUUAAUUUAAUGCUCGCCCAUCCGUUUACCAAAAAAAAAAUAGUGUGCGCAUACGAUCUUUUCUCUCUCCUCUGAAGUCUACACUGGUUCUCUCCUAAUCGAAGUGUUCAUCAACGUUUGAAGCGAAUCUCCAUAUCCAGGUACUUCUAUCUGCAAUUUCACAAUCAUGGUUUAUCUCAGAACAUUUGACAACAAAACCCUAGUUCUUGAUGUAAACCCUAAUUCAACAACUUUAGGGAAUCUUCACCAGACUAUUACUGAUAGGUUAGGUCUUCCAAUUGAACGCCAAUGUCUGUUAUCAUCAUCCAAAAGAUUAAUUGGGGAUUUUAAUUGUAUAAUUUCUGAUUUGGGUAUUCGAUUGAAUUCAACUUUAUCAUUGUAUGUUCCCCUUUGUGGUGGUAUGCAAGCUCCUGUGCAAUCAAAGAGUAAUCUUGAUUUUAUGUACUUGAAACCCCCUUCGAAUUAUGUUGCCGGGUUGGGUCGUGGAGCUACUGGGUUUACGACCCGGUCUGAUAUUGGGCCUUCUAGACCGGUUAUGGAUAUGCCUGACCGGUCUGCCACCCCGAUUGGCAGUGCUCCGCCUCCUGAUAUGGGAAUGGGGCGGGGAAGGGGAAGGGGGCAGGUACAGGGGCAGGGGCGGGGGAAGGGAGGUGACGAGGGUGAAGAGGAGGAAGGGGAGGAUAAAGGGUAUGAUGAGAAUCAGAAUUUUGAUGAGUUUGAGGGGAAUGAUGUUGGAUUGUUCGCUUCUGCGGAGUAUGAUGAGGAUGAUAAGGAGGCGGAUGCAGUGUGGGAAGCGAUUGAUGUGAGGAUGGAUUCAAGGAGGAAGGAUAGGAGGGAGGCUCGGUUGAAGGAAGAGAUUGAGAAGUACCGGGCUUCAAACCCUAAGAUUACCGAGCAAUUUGCUGAUUUGAAGAGGAAGUUGCAUACUGUGACGGCGGAGGAGUGGGAUAGUAUUCCUGAAAUUGGAGAUUAUUCAAUGAGGAAUAAGAAGAAGAGGUUUGAGAGUUUUGUGCCUGUGCCCGAUACGCUUCUUGAGAAGGCUAGGCAGGAGAAAGAGCAUGUUACAGCUCUUGAUCCGAAGAGUAGGGGUGUUGGUGGGACGGAGACACCUUGGGCGCAAACCCCUGUUACGGAUUUGACUGCUGUUGGUGAGGGUAGGGGUACUGUGUUGUCACUGAAGCUUGAUAGGCUAUCUGAUUCUGUGUCUGGGCAGACAGUUGUUGAUCCAAAAGGGUACUUAACUGAUCUUAAAAGUAUGAAACUUACUAGUGAUGCAGAGAUAUCAGAUAUUAAGAAGGCUAGAUUAUUGUUGAAAUCUGUCAUACAAACGAAUCCAAAGCACGCUCCUGGUUGGAUAGCGGCUGCGAGGCUUGAGGAGGUUGCUGGCAAGAUAAAGGAGGCUAGAGUGUUAGUUGAGAAGGGAUGCGAGGAGUGUCCCAAGAAUGAGGAUGUAUGGCUGGAAGCAUGCCGUUUGGCGAGCCCAGAUGAUGCCAAGGCUGUGAUGGCUAGGGGAGUUAAAGCAAUUCCUAAUUCUGUGAAGUUGUGGCUUCAGGCUGCUAAAUUGGAGCAAGAUACUCUACAGAAGAGUAGGGUGCUAAGAAAGGGGCUUGAACAUAUAUCUGAUUCAGUAAGGCUGUGGAAGGCAGUUGUUGAGCUUGCUGAUGAAGACCAAGCUAGUGUAUUGCUUUAUAGGGCUGUGGAGUGCUGCCCCUUGCAUGUGGAAUUAUGGCUUGCUCUUGCUAGGCUGGAAACAUAUGAUAAAGCGAGGAAAGUGCUUAAUAGGGCCAGGGAGAAGCUUCCAAAGGAGCCAGCUAUUUGGAUUACUGCUGCAAAGUUGGAAGAAGCAAACGGAAGCACUGCAACAGUUGAGAAGAUCAUAGACAGGGGUAUCAGGGCCCUACAAAGAGAGGGAGUUGAUAUUGACAGAGAAGCUUGGAUGAGAGAAGCCGAGGCCGCCGAGCGUGCUGGGUCUGUUUUCACUUGCCAAGCUAUAAUUAAGCACACUGUUGGUGUUGGGGUUGAGGAAGAAGAUAGGAAGAGAACAUGGGUGGCUGAUGCUGAAGAAUGCAAGAAGAGAGGGUCUGUUGAAACUGCAAGGGCUAUAUAUGCUCAUGCUAUUUCCGUAUUCUUGACAAAGAAGAGUAUAUGGCUUCAAGCAGCACGACUGGAGAAGAGUCAUGGAACUAGGGAUUCUCUUGACGCUUUACUUCGAAGGGCAGUUACUUAUGUUCCCCAAGCUGAAGUUCUUUGGCUCAUGGGUGCAAAAGAAAAAUGGCUUGCUGGUGAUGUGCCUGCUGCUCGAGCAAUUCUUCAAGAAGCUUAUGCUGCUAUUCCAAACUCUGAGGAGAUUUGGCUUGCUGCUUUUAAGCUCGAAUUUGAAAACCAUGAACCUGAAAGAGCUAAAAUACUCCUUGCUAAGGCCCGAGAAAGAGGGGGUAGUGAAAGAGUUUGGAUGAAAUCAGCCAUAGCUGAGAGAGAACUUGGUAAUGUUGCAGAAGAGAAGAGGCUGCUUGAUGAAGGCUUGCAACACUUCCCAUCCUUCUUCAAAUUGUGGUUGAUGCUUGGACAACUUCAUGAGCGGCUUGGAGAGCAUGCGAAGGCUAAAGAAGCUUAUGCAUCUGGUCAAAAGAACUGCCCACAAUGCAUUCCUCUGUGGCUUUCACUUGCAAAACUCGAAGAGAAGAUGUUUGGGCUGAAUAAAGCUAGAGCAAUUCUGACUAUGGCUAGGAAAAGGAAUCCUCAGAAUCCUGAACUGUGGCUUGCUGCUGUUAGAGCUGAACUUAGGCAUGGGAACAAGAAAGAGGCUGAUAACAUGUUGGCAAAGGCUCUUCAAGAAUGUCCCAACAGUGGUAUAUUAUGGGCAGCUCAAAUUGAGACUGUUCCCCGCCCUCAACGUAAAACAAAAAGCUCAGAUGCGCUUACUAAGUGUGACAAGGAUCCCCAUGUCAUUGCUGCUGUGGCUAAGCUGUUUUGGCAUGACAGGAAGGUGGACAAAGCAAGGAGCUGGUUCAACAGGGCAGUGACACUUGCUCCAGAUAUCGGGGAUUUCUGGGCUUUGUACUACAAAUUUGAACUUCAGCAUGGAACCGAGGAACUUCAGAAGGGUGUGCUGAAACAUUGUGCUGCUGCGGAGCCCAAGCAUGGUGAGAGAUGGCAAUCGAUUUCAAAGGCAGUUGAGAAUGCUCACCAGCCAACUGAAGCAAUUUUGAAGAAACUUGUAAUUGCUCUUGGGAAGGAAGAAAAAGCUGCUGCUGGAAAUGAAUAAAAGUUAGGUUUUCUUUCUUCACAUUGUUGAUUCUAGUGUUUACCUGCUAUGCUACCAUAUACUGUGAUCAUGCUUUUUGUCAAAUCUCAAUGUAUUAGUUUCUGACUGUGAUAUUCUUACGACUUCUCCAAUUUGUCCCCACUAAGUUGUCUAAUAUAAUUUGGCUUCAAGUUUUGGUAUU